CUUUACAUGGAGGCAACGCCAAAGAGCUGCAGAGGAUUCUUCCAAACGUUGGCCGGCGGAGCCUAGCAGGGACAGUCCUUGCCUCAAGAGAGAAACCAGAAGCAAACCAAGAAGACCUUUUGAGUCCUGGUGGGAGCGGAGAUGGAGAAGAGAGUGAAGAUGGAAGAGCAGCACUUUGCUAACCCUGGCCCAGGAAAAGGGCCCUGUAUCAUCAGGGUAUGGAGCUGUGCAGAGCUCUGGGAAAGAAGAGUGCAGGAGAACCAGCCUGGGAGCAACACCUGCUCAGACGCAGAGCGCCAGCCCUUCAGGGUAUUCUGCUACCAGGAGGCUGAAGGGCCCCGAGAGGUUUGCAGCCGACUCCACCACCUUUGUCGUCAGUGGCUGAAGCCAGAAAGGCUCACAAAAGCUCAGAUGCUGGACCUGGUGGUCCUGGAGCAGUUCCUGGCUGUCCUGCCCCCGGAGAUGGAGAGCUGGGUCAGAGAAUGUGGAGCGGAGACCAGUUCCCAGGCGGUGGCCGUGGCAGAAGGCUUCCUCUUGAGCCAGGCAGAGGACAAAAAACAGGGGAAGUUGUCCAAGGCGCCCACAGAUUUCCCUGAGGCAGAGGAGGCUCCGCUGGACAGAGGGAUCUUGGAAGAGGGUGACAGAGGACCCUCCUCACUGGGGAGCGGAAAGACCCAGAGAGAGAGUGAACUGAUCCUAGGGGAUCCUUCUAGGCCUCCUUCACUUGGUGGUGGAGUGGAAGCAUUUUCUGCGCAGCCUGGGCAGGGUCCGGUGACUUUUGAGGAGCUGGCCGUUCAUUUCUCAGCGGAGGAGUGGGCUCUGCUGGAUCCAGGCCAAAGGACUCUGCACAAGGAAGUCAUGGAGGAGAAUCGUGGGAUCCUGGCCUCUCUGGGUGAUUGCAGGGAGAGCAAGGAAAAUGGAUCAGAAAUUGAAGGGAAGAGGGGAAUCAAGUCUAUUUAUUUUAAAGCGUUAGAAAUCCGUGAUAUUCCAUUGAUAGAAGAACGAUUUCACAGGGUAGAAAAACGUUUUCCGUGCUUGGAGGGUGAGAAGCAAUUCAGUUGCAAUUCACAAGUUAAGCAACAUCAAAGAAUUCAUACAGGGGAGAAGCCAUAUGAAUGCCUAGAGUGCAGUAAGAGCUUUGCUCACAACAUAAAGGGACAUCAAAGAAUUCACUCCAGGGAGAAGCCCUAUGAAUGCCUGCAGUGCGGAAAGUGCUUCUGUUGGAGCAGUGACCUUAGGUUACAUCAAAGAAUUCAUACAGGCAAGAAGCCCUUUCAAUGCCUAGAGUGUGGAAAGAGCUUUACUCAAAGUACACACCUUAAGCAACAUAAAAUAAUUCACACAGGGGAGAAGCCCUAUGAAUGCCUGGAGUGUGGAAAGAGCUUCAGUCAGAGCAGCAACCUUAAAAAACAUCAAAGAAUUCACACAGGGGAGAAGCCCUAUGAAUGCCUGGAGUGCGGAAAGAGCUUCAGUUGGAGCAGCGACCUUAGGUUGCAUCAAAGAAUUCACACAGGCGAGAAGCCCUUCCAAUGCCUAGAGUGUGGAAAGAGCUUUGCUCACAGGACACACCUUAAGCAGCAUCAAAUAAUUCACACAGGGGAGAAGCCCUAUGAAUGCUCAGAAUGUGGAAAAAGGUUCAGUCGUAGCAGUUAUCUUAAGUCGCAUCGAAUCAUUCACACGGGCAAAACGCCCUAUAAAUGCCUAGAGUGCGGGAAGAGCUUUGCUCGCAGCACAGACCUAAAGAGACAUCAAAGAAUUCACACAAAAGAGAAGCCAUAAAACUGCUCAGAGUCUGGAAUGCAAUUCAGUCACAGAUUGCAUAUCCCUCUUGUCAAACAAUCCAAGCACUUUGAAUGCUUUGAAUUUGGAAAGUGUUUCAGUUAAACCUGUGAACUUUAGUAACCAUCACAGGAUCCACACAGGCCUGAAGCCCUAUCAGUGCUCAGUUUGUGGAAAGAGUUUCAAUCACAGUGUGAAUCUUAAAGCACAUCAAAACAUCCACACAGGCCUGAAGCCCUAGAAAGCAGAAAGAGCUUUGCUUGCAGGACACGUCUGAAGUCACAUCCUGCAAUUCCCACAGGGGAGAAGCCCUACAAGGGCUCAGAGGAUGGAAAGCGAUGAUCGGGGGGAUCUACACUAUUGCUUUUAAAGUGUUUUAAAGCACUUUGAAAACGUUUUGAAACCUGUAUAUGCAGUGUGUCCUGGGCCCCAACAGUUGUCAAAACUGUUAUAAAGCGCUUCAAAGCAGUAGUGUAGAUCCCCCCCCCCCCCCGGUUGACAUUUUCUUCAGCAAGCAAGGGGCAUGACUCAAAAGCCCCUGGGAAGUGGAAGGAGCAACAGUUAGGCCUAAUGGAGUCUUCAGUAGCCAUUCAAAGGAUGUUGGUUCCAAAACAUUUAUUUCUAUUUCACCCAUCACUAAAAGCCCACUACAAUUUUGGCAGAAACAAAUAAGUUUAUUUAUUUUAGGUACGAAAGCUCCUUAAUACAUAAAUUACGCUUAUAUAAGCAAUAUGAAAAGGGUGGUUAGGGAAUUCCCGAUCUUGGUGUUAGAUCAAUGUUCUUUUCACCCAAGGAUGAAAUCCAAACAGCCCUUAAGCACGACUCCACCAUUCCAGCGACAGAGGGUUCAAAAGCGCUUUAUUGAUUAGUAAUCAAGGCCUGGUAUCUUCAAAGGGAGCAAUCAGACAAAAGACAUAUGGAAUACAGUACAGUAUUUGAGCUUGCAAGGGGCAGGGCCCAGUAGCAGCAUUAACCAAUCAGAACAUAACACUGGGGCAUAGCUAAUUAUGCUAAACAGUUCUGUAAACAAUACCUUUGGCCUGACAGUAAGUUACAGAAGUUAACUUCGACACAGCAGCACUGGAGACAGCUGGAGACAGAGCUCUUGUUUUAGUUAGAUAAGACAGAGACAUGAAGACACCCUUGAAGACGCCCUGGAACGUGACAUUUUGCCUGGUGUGUAAUGGAUACCUUACAGUUUCCAGUUAAAAAUGGAGGUGGUUAUGCUAACAUUGGCAUGUUAUUCUGAGACCAGCCAACUCCAACGUAGAAUUCUCUUGAUGGAAGAUGGUAUGUUUCUAAACAAGUGGGUUCACAUGGAAGGGAUAAAGUCUGAAUAGGAUUCAAUGUGCAUGUUUAAACAACAUUUCAUGGACUGUGGUUGGUGAGAUGGUCAUUCUCUGGGGUUAGCACUAACCACGAGCUGUGUGGUGACUCCCAACACUUCAAGCCAGGGUUUGAGCUGCUAGCCCUGCUGUAGAAGGUCUGACUGGGAUUAGAAAGUGACCAGGGCUUAGCAAACUGCAUUGCACACAACCUCUGAAACCCUGAAGUCUUAACUAAAAAGCCUUAACCAGCAGGAUUUUAGGUGUCUUGUGAACAGGCCCAGUAAGUGUCUUGCCAAUUUGGAUGCAUAAUUGUGGUCCUCAUUGAACUGUAGCAUUUGAAACAGGCAUAAGUGACCCACUCUGGAUGGUGUGGGAAACAGACCUUGGAAUCCACAUAGAGGAAGAAAUUUGGAGUGCUUUGCAGGAUAAGUAUACGCAUAAAACAAUCUCAGUUUAAAAUAGGGAAGUAAUGGUAAAACUGACCCACAGAUGGUCACUCACACCAAGGAAAUGAUCAGUGGUGAGUCCUGGGGCAUCCCCCGAGUGUUAGGAGGGAACCUUCAUGCAUUUACUGCUUUUAAAUUGUAGGUUUUAACUUGAUUAAUUGUUUAAUUUGUAUUUA